UCAAUAAGCUUGCUUCUACUAUAAUAUCAACUACAUCUUAUAAAGAUAACAGAGAAGUAGUUAACGAUAAAUUAAUAGUUAACAGCAAAGAUAUAGAAGUUAGUAUUAUGGAAAUAGAAGAAGCAGUUAUACAUAGA